UAGCCGGUACAUACGCGUCUUCGGAUGCAGGUGAACUGCUCCAGUGGAGGCUGUGCUCCGACUUCUGCUUGCAACCUUUGCAGAUCGUCGAGCCCACAAUGAUGAACUGGAAGAAGACUCUUCUGCCGGCGGUUCGGCUUUGGAGGAGAAUCCUGAUGGUCGCCAUUCCGCUCUUGCUGCUCCCCCUGUUGUACAUGGAAGACCACGUGAAAUCACACUGCGCCUACGUAGUCGGCGUUGUGGGUCUCUAUUGGAUCGUGGAGCCCAUCCCACUGGGAGCGACAUCGCUCAUCCCCAUCGUAUUGUUCCCGAUGCUCGGAGUACUCACCACAGAAAGAACCUGCCAGCUGUACAUGAACGACACGAAUAUUAUGUUCGUAGGCACAUUGAUCAUGGCUAUCGCUAUUGAGCAUUCGCAUUUACACCAAAGAAUCGCCCUCAAGACGCUCUGUCUACUAGGAACCGGCAUAAAUACGUUGGUGUUCGGGCUCAUGUUCAUCUCCAUGUUCCUAUCAAUAUGGAUCAACAACGUGGCCAUCACAGCAAUGAUGAUGCCUGUGGUUGACUCACUGCUGCAAGAGCUUCUGCAGGAGGGGCCAUCCGAUCUUUUAAAAGAAGGCGCUACCGUAGAGGAAGCACAAGGUCUGACUGAUCAACACGACAAGAGCGCCGUGGUCAACAGAAACGCCGUCCUGUUCUCUCACCAGAAAAGCGAGAAGUCGCCAGUUCUCGUGCUGCCGAUCACUACAUGCGCCAAGAAAAGUCACUGUGAGGCGCCUCAGAAGCGCCGUAUUCGAGUGCUGCUCUACCUGAGCGUGAUCUACGGAGCUAACACAGGCGCCAUCACGACCAUCACUAGUGCUGCCUCCAACAUCGUCUUCAAGUUUGUCAUUGAGGACUUGUACGCAGAACGGGCCCCUGUAGACUACGCACUCUGGCUAUUCUUCGCCCUACCAGCCACCGUUAUCAGCACGACCAUUGUCUACUUUACCAUACUGCCCGUGUUCUUCCGGUGUAAAAGGCCGAACCUUGACAAAGAAAGCAGCAGCUCCGCUAUGGGAGCCAUUCGUCGCAACUACGCUGCCCUCGGACCGAUAAGGUUCCACGAGGUGGCAGUCUUACUGCUCUUCACGUUGCUGGUUUUUCUCUGGCUGUUCCGAGACCCCAUGUUCGCUCGAGGUUGGGCGACACUGUUCGGAUCCAUGAAACCUAAGGACGCGACGGCGGUCAUGAUCCCGGUAGUCCUGCUGUUCAUGCUUCCAGCCCGACCGUGCGAGGGAGCCAGGAGUCCCGGACUUGUCACGUGGCCAGUGGUGCAGGCUAAGCUGCAGUGGAGCGUCAUCCUGCUCAUUGGCAGCGGCUUUGCUGUCGCAGAAGCCAUGAGGGUCUCUGGCCUUUCGUUGCUGCUCGGUCAACAGCUGGGUCACAUGUCCCACCUGCCUGCAGGUGUUCUCAUGAUGUGUCCUUAG